AUGAAGAAGUCCACUGCACUGUUAGCUACAGCAUUGAUACCUGUGAAGGAUAAGAAUGGACAAACAUUGAUAUUGCGGGCACUAAUAGACCAAGGGUCACAAGCAAACUUUAUAAGUGAAAGAGCCACACAACUUUUGAAGAUUAAGAAGAAACCAACAAGUGGAACAGUAUCUGGAGUGGGAUCUACACAGACAGCAAUACAUCAUGUAGUAGAAAUACAAUUGUUGUCACAAUAUGAAGAAGAAUUCCAACUCACUCUAAAAGCUUAUGUCAUGCCUACACAUUUAUGUUCACAGCUACCAUCCAAAUCAUUGGUGAACUUGCCGCACGCCUGGCCACAUAUUCAAACGCUCACUUUGGCCGACCCGACCUUCAAUCAACCUGGUCGAGUAGAUGUCCUGCUAGGUGUAGAAGUAUAUGCUCAAAUAUUGAAGAACAAUAUCAUCAGAGGUCCUCCUGGCUCACCAUGCGCACAAGAAACAAGCCUUGGAUGGAUACUUUUUGGUAAUAUACAGAGCGACACUUCAAAUGAACCAAUUAUGGUAAUGCAUCACCAGAUAGAUUUCGACGACAUUCUAUACAAAUUAUGGGAAGUAGAGGCUGAUGAUAGAAACAAAUACACAAAAGAAGAAGAAACAUGUCAAACAAUAUAUCAAGAAACAGUAAGAAGGAAUCAAGAAGGAAGAUACAUCGUGAAACUACCUUUUAAAACAGAACCACCGAAAAGUACAGAAGGGAAAACAAGAGAAAUAGCAAUGAAAAGACUAAAUCAAAUGGAGAAACGACUAGAAAGGAAUAAAGAGCUGCAAACAGAAUACAACAAAGUCAUGAAAGAAUACAUAGAACUGAAUCACAUGGAGCUAGUACCGAAAGAGGAAAUAGAAAAACCAUCUGUUUACCUACCACAUCACGCAGUCGUGCGAGAAGCAAGUGACACGACGAAGGUCCGUGUUGUCUUCAAUGCCUCUUCACCAGACAUAAACAACAUCUGUCUCAAUGAUGAAAUGUUAGUUGGACCUCAACUACAAGAAGAUAUGAGAAGCAUAGUCAUGAGAUGGCGUUUAAGAAAAAUUGCAUUUGUGUCCGAUGUAGAGAAGAUGUACCGACAAAUUCUUGUCACGAAAGAAGAUACAGACUAUCAAAGAAUAUUAUGGCGUGAUGACCCUGAAGAACAAACAAAAGACUAUAGACUAUUGAGAGUAACAUUUGGGACCGCUUCCGCUCCAUAUCUCGCGGUAAUAACCCUGCAACAAGUAGCAGAAGAUGAAGGCGAAGAACAUCCUGAAGCUAAGAACAUAAUACAAAGAGAUUUCUUUAUGGACGACUUGAUAUCUGGACAAGAUACUGUAGAAGAAGCGUUACAAGUAGCAAGAGACAUUACAACCAUUUUAAAGAAAGGAGGUUUCAAAUUACAAAAAUGGUCUUGUAACAAUGCACAAUUUUUAAAAGAAUUUAGUCCUGAAGAAAUAAGCACUCAUAUAAAGAUGGAUAUGAAUCUUGGUGGCACAGUCAGAACACUAGGUUUAUCCUGGAACUUAGGUGAAGAUGUCCUCCAAUAUAACAUGAACUUACCCCAGCCACAGAAGAAAAUCACAAAGAGAAGUAUCCUAGCUGAAAUGCAACAUUAUUUUGAUCCACUAGGAUGGCUUGCUCCUGGAAUACUACCUGCAAAAUUGCUCCUGCAAAAAUUAUGGUUGAAGAAAGUGACCUGGGAUGAGAAAGUAGAACCUGAAAUAGAAAAAGAAUGGUUAGAAAUACGACAAAAUUUUGAAGACCUGAAAGUAAUAAAAAUAGAUAGAUGGUUACAAACAACAAAAGACAACUUACCUGAAGCAACAAUACAUGGUUUCUGCGAUGCUUCUAUGAAAGCAUAUGGAGCAGCUGCAUACUUGAGAGUAAUAGAUGAGAAUGGUGUAUACAAAACUCAGCUAAUAGCAGCCAGAUGUCGUGUAGCACCUAUAAAGCCCGUGUCUCUACCAAGGCAAGCUACUCCGUCAAUUCCAGCUAGUAAAGAGGUCAUCAGACGUUGGAAUAUUCCAGGUGCUGCAUUCACACCAUAA